UUUUAAAAAUCUUUCUCUAGCUCUGGUCCUAACAAUUGCCAUUAAAAGAUGAACUCCAUUAACUGUUAGCAUCCUGUAACUGUAACCUAGGAACAUUGUACUCAUGAGCAAACACAUGCAAAACUAAUGACACUCCUGGGAGCCUCAGCUGUGCAUUGUCUUUAGAGCUACUCAGCAAACGCCCCACUGAGAUAGUGAACAGCUGCUAUUUUGAAGCAAAGAGUCGGUAAGAGGAGAAUACACUUGUAUUAAUGGCCUUGGAGGACUGUGUGCUACCCAUACUUUUGUUAAAUCAAAUAUUCUGCAUGUUAGUUUAAGUUUAUGACAGUUGAGAUCAUACUUGCAAAUUAUGUGAUCAGCAAACUGCUCUGUUAUGAUUAACUGACAGCAACAUCUGCUACAGUGUCUGCUGUGUACUUUAACAUGGCUUUCUCAUGCAUUAUCUCAGCAAUGUUUUGUUAACCUUGACUCUCAUACAACAUGAAAGUUACCAUGAAGUUGCUUCCUGCUCUCUCAUCCUAUUAAAUACAUACAAACACAGCCUAGUUGCGUCCUUCCUGCCGCUUGGAAAGAUUUUUUCCUAAUCCUUGCAUGUGAUUGGUCGGUGAUGUGAUCUGGACACCUCGGCCAAUGGCAGCACUCAGAUUAAGAAGGAAGUCAAUCCAAUAGAGUUUUUACCUUCUCUCUACAAAUCUCACUGAUCCAGGAAUAGAAAACACAGACGGUACGCUGCAGCAGCCUGACUGUUGGAUGUCAGUUUCACUGCAUCCAGUAUCUUGUUUUUCUUUCUGGAUUAUCAAACAAUUUUUAACUUGUAGAGACUAAACUCUUCUGCGAUUCAAGCAGGAAGGCUCAAAUAACAGAGAUGCCGUCCCCAUUCGGAUCAAGCCAAGGGCAUGAGAAGAAGAUUGGCCACAGGAGGGUCGAUGCCUCUGGAGAGACGACUUACAAGAAGACAACCUCCUCUGCUUUGAAAGGUGCCAUCCAGUUGGGUAUCGGAUAUACUGUUGGCAACCUCAGCUCCAAGCCCGAGAGAGAUGUGCUCAUGCAGGACUUCUACGUGGUUGAAAGCAUCUUCUUCCCCAGCGAAGGCAGUAACCUCACACCAGCCCACCACUUCCCAGACUUCAGGUUUAAAACCUAUGCCCCUGUGGCCUUCCGCUACUUCAGAGAGCUUUUUGGGAUCCGACCGGAUGAUUACCUGUAUUCUCUGUGUAAUGAGCCACUGAUUGAGCUGUCAAAUCCAGGAGCUAGUGGCUCAAUUUUCUACGUGACCCGUGAUGAUGAGUUUAUCAUCAAAACUGUGCUGCACAAAGAGGCUGAGUUUCUGCAGAAAUUGCUCCCUGGAUACUACAUGAACUUGAACCAGAACCCCCGGACUUUACUGCCAAAGUUUUUUGGCCUCUACUGUGUCCAGUGUGGAGGAAAGAACAUCAGAGUGGUUGUGAUGAACAAUAUUCUACCACGCUCCGUGCGCAUGCACCUCAAGUUCGACUUAAAGGGCUCAACAUACAAGCGGCGAGCAUCCAAGAAGGAAAGAGAGAAGUCCAAACCCACUUUUAAAGACCUGGACUUUCUGAGUGAUAUUCCUGAAGGCCUCACACUGGACCAGGACACAUACGGCGCUCUGGUCAAAACGCUGCAAAGAGACUGCCUGGUUCUGGAGAGUUUUAAGAUUAUGGACUACAGUUUGCUGCUUGGGGUCCACAACAAGACCCAAGCAGAGAGAGAGCGUCAGUCUCAGGGCUCACCCAUCAAAGGAGGGGAUGAAAAGAGGCCCGCAGGGCAGAGAUCCUUGUAUUCCAGUGCCAUGGAGUCAAUACAGGGAGGCUCCACAUGCAGGGACACUCUGGAGCAGGAUGACACUAUGGGUGGCAUUCCAGCUAUGGGUGCUAAAGGGGAGCGCCUCCUGCUGUUCAUUGGAAUCAUUGACAUUCUGCAGUCCUACAGGCUGAUCAAGAAACUGGAGCAUUCCUGGAAGUCCCUCAUCCAUGAUGGAGACACUGUGUCGGUUCACAGACCGAGCUUCUAUGCUGAGAGGUUCUACAAGUUCUGUAGCACAGUUGUGUUCAAGAAGAGUUGCUCACUGCGAUCGUCUCCAUCCAAGAGAGGACGAGGGGUUCUAAUGUCCAAGUCCAGUGCAGGAGCCAGCUCGACGGGGCAGCGUCCUUCACUGACUGAUGACAGGCCAGAAAACUUGGACAACUUGGAGAACCUAAGAGGAGCUCGCAGUUUCCCCAUGCUGGAGGACAAUGGGAAGGAACCGCCCUGCACCCCUCCUUCAUUUGAAGAUGCCACCACAGCAUCUAUCGCUACCACUCUGUCAUCAAACAACUCCCUACCCACCACCCCAUUCGAUACACCUGAGCACCCUCGCUACAGGAGGCAAAUGCUUUCACCAAACAUUUCCAGGUCACAAAAAGAGAUAGUUGAGGUUCACGGUGAACGCCAGGACACCAUAACAGUGGAGGUGGAGCUCAGUAAAAUCCCAAAGAGCACGGAGCUCACACAGAUGACAGAAAUCCCCACAUCCAGCCAUCCAGCAGCUGAUCCUCUGCUUCCUGUCACUGCAUCAUCUAUGUCAUCCACUCCUCCUUCUGUUAACCCCUGCUCUCAGUAUUCAUCACCCAGCCUUCCUCCUUCCUUUGUGUCCUCCUCCUCCACCACCUCUCAGUGCAGCGGGUAUUCAUCCUCCACACUUACUUCAUCAAUCCGUCCGUCCACCAAGCCACUCACAUCUCCUGCUUCUGCUCAGUCUUUAAGCCUUUCUUCUCCAGUCUGUCAUUCUGCUGCACGAUCCACAGGUCCAAACAGCUCCACCCUUCCUCCUGCAUCAGCAUUCACCCCAAUCUGUCCGGCAUCCUCUCACUCCUACUCCCACAACUCCUCUCACCACCUGCCAUCGACGCCCCCCUCCUCUGUCCCUCAAAGCCCCCAGGUGUGUCAGCAGUCACCACGUACGUCGCGCAAUCAGCUGUCUGUCUCCAGCAGCCACGACUCACUGGAUGGAGAGGUGCAGGUUUCCGACAUAUACUUUUAUGCAGAUGGCAGAUAUUGGGUGUACUCUCCAGUUCUUGGCCGUCGUAAGCUAAACUCUAGUUCAAGUUACAAUCAGACUCAGGAGGAUCGGAGCUGGGCGUACUCUCCUCUGCACUGCAGCUCAGAGUCCAGACGGGGCUCAGAUGGGGAAAGUGAACCAUAACUUACAGAGGAGGCAGCAUCGGUGGGUGCAGCCAGAGGUCAUCUGUGAGACUUUAAUGAUGAAACCACCAGGACGCUACGAAGAGUUCACGCUGAUUGGCCAAGCUGCAUGUGAGAGCUUGCUUUGCCAAUAAAAACCAAAGGAGUGAACUUUUUUGGAAGUAUUUAGCUAAGCUGAAGAAACAAUCAAAAACCUUACAGUAUUAUAGGCAACAUUUUAAAGCAUCAGCUCCAGGACAAUCUUACUGAUAUCAAGUGGAGGUAUCACGCUGGCACUGUGAAUGCUUUCAGUGUUAUAAAAACGGGGCUCUCUGUGCAACAAACACAACAUGAUAAAUUUUAGAGUUGAUCCCAAAGUUUCCAGAGAUACCAAACCUUCACGUGCUUAUUUUCUGCCUCUUAUCCAGAAUCAGGUUGCCGGCUGGAGGCAGGCGAAGCAACAUAGUCCAGAUAUCACUCUCUCCAGCUCUGGCUAUGCAAUAUGGACAUACUGUACGUGGUACUUCUUUGUUUUUGACUCUACCUGACUUUACAACUUCAUGCUUUAUUUGUGUGUCCAUUUGUCUUUUUCACUAGAGGCAUGUCAAAGCUGUGUGUAACUUUAUUCCUAGCACUUUAUCGGUGUACCAGUGGCUAAGGUCUUUUUAUUAUAAUUAUGUGUUUUAUUAUCUUGUCGUCAGCUGUUGGUCGAAAACACACUCAAACACAGUUGAUGUUGUGGGUGUCGUGCGUGCAGUGUUCUCUCUCUUUCAGUCCACUCGACAAACUCUGAUCUCACGAUGAAAGCUUUGUUUACAUUGCCUUACUGAUUUUAACUAAGGUAUAAUCGUAACAGUUGUUUAUUCAUAUUUUCUGAUAAUAUGUAACGAACACAAACUCUUAAAUCCAUAUGCGACUGUGAGAAACUGCGUUUUAUAGCAGUUUAAACAAGAAAUCGGCCAAGCACUUACUCGUUUUCCAUAUUCAAAGAGGUCAAGAGAGGGGAAAAAAUGAGAAAAAAGGUCUUUUGUAAAUUGUUGAUAAUCUGUGUGUGCUGUACCACAUGCAUCUGUGCCCUUAUGUCUCUGUCUGUGCAUGUGUUUGCAUGCGUAUAACAUGUGACUGGGAAACGAAUAUUUUUUGUUUGUCAAAAAGUUGCUAUCGCUGUUCAAGGCCAUGAAAGUCCGAAGCAGCUGCACGCCUGCUGGCUACGCCAGAAGAGUUGAAUCGGCCGAGUCUUCAGCCACCCCAGAUUAAUCAAGAUUUACCAAAUUAAACAAAGUACGAACUGAAGCAUCCAAGAAAAGGCACGCCAUACUAUCCUUCUUCCACACACUGUGAUGCUGGCUAAAGCAAGUUUGUCCCCCUGACGCUGUCCAUAAGCAGCACUGCACCACAUCACUGUAUUAUUUGAAGUUAACCUGCCUCGUUGUAGGUGACGGUGUUUGUAGCUGAUCACUGUGUAAAAUAUAAUUAAAUUAUAUUGUGUAA